AUGCACGAACCUCAUACAUCUACCAAGUCAUCUCCGCUAAGCGCUGCCCAGCAGAAUGGCCGCCCUAGUCGAAGAGAUACUAUGUUCCCUAAUUCACUGGAUUAUCAAGACAUCCAAGAUGGCUACAUCGGAUUUUUGACGAAGAAAAUCACCUCCAAAUGGUGGAAAGAAGUCCUUGACAGCGGCAGGGACGUGACGCCCAAAAUGAUGGACUGGGUUAUCGAGGAGCUGCGGUACAAAGCAGGACUCUUCCAGGAAACGGGCGCUGUCAGCGCGUUCGACGGGGGUGUGAUCAAGUCGGAUAUCGCCAUUUCUGACGAGCUGAAACAUGCUCUGCAGACGGCGUUCACAGACAGUGACGAGUGCCACAUUGUCUCGUACAUUAACAACCUGCAUCCAGCCAGGAAUCGCGACCUCUACGGGGUCAUUGAGAAGAUCCUCGCCCGAACGAUCCCAUUAUGGAACAGUACCCUGACGGCAAUGAGGCGCCGUGAACCAAGCAGAAUCACAUACAAAAGGGUUGAAUACCAUGCACGUGAGCCUAAGCCUGUGGCUUCACGCCCUGAAGAAUGGGAGAAUACAGAAUUCCUCGAGCGAUAUCGUGAAUGGGCACGAUCCCGUCAACUGAUCCUACCUGAGCCAGGGGAAUUCGAGUCAGGGAGCAUGAUGACAGGAGACUGGAAAGUCGAUCUCCGCAAGGAAUUUCACGAAAAUGGCCUCCAAGUAAUCGUCAAGCUAGCAAACAUUGAACUGACACCUGAGAAACCAGAGUACGAGGGCGGUUCAUGGCAUGUUGAAGGGCAGCUGCAUGAAUGGCUGGAAGCAGUCUUCGGCUUCGGCGUCAGAACAGGACGAGACGACGGCCCAGUGACCCAAGAGAUAGGCAGCGUGUCAUGUCUCGAGGGCCGUCUCCUGACGUUCCCAAACAUCCUCCAGCACCGCGUCUCGCCAUUCGCAUUGGCGGACCGCACCAAACCUGACCAUCGCAAUCGCUCUCUUCCUCGUCGACCCGCACAUACGCAUCAUUUCGUCUGCAAACGUGCCCCCGCAAAGGGCGGAUUGGUGGGGGAAAGGGAAAAGUUUUUAAGGAGAGAGGUGUUGAGCUCCCUCCCCAUCGAGCUGCAGAACAUGGUCAUCGGGAACCUCGAUGGGUUCCCGAUCACGAUGGACGAAGCGAAGCAGUACAGGCUGGAGCUGAUGGAGGAGAGAAGCGUGGUUUCUCAGGAGCAUUGA